AUUUCUUCUUUUUCGUGAGCCAGCUCGUUGCAAGAUAGCGACAAGCAUGCAAGAAGACACCGUGCCUAAAUUUGUCAGCUUCGAUCCCGCCUUCGACGAGGCCAUUGGCCCAUCUGCCUCGGUCCGUCUCCUGCACCGGGAUCCCCAGGGCCGUCCGCUGUUUCAUGAGGCAGGCGUCCAUCUCGCCACAGACCACUGCGUCUAUCUUACCUCGAACCGCAUGCCCAGCAAGUCGUAUUCGCAGAAGAUCAAUGUAGUCCGUAUCGACCUCAACACAUUGGAUGCCAAGGGCAUCGAGUCGGCCUUGACAGUCGUCGACGAAGCUGAUAUGCCGCGGAGUCUUGCUAUGCCCAACGGGGGCACUCCCUACUUUGACGGCAAGGUGCUCUUCUGCGAGCAGGGUAGACACGGCGAGAGUGCCGAGGGCAAUGGCAGCGUCGAGUCCGCCCUCGUCUCGCUCUCCCACAAAGAUAUGCGAACAAAUGUGGAGCUCGACAGCUUCCAAGGAAAGCCCUUUUCGAGCCUCAAUGACGUCGUCGUUCACGAGCAGAGCGGUGCUGUGUUCUUCACAGAUCCAGACUAUGGCGUCGAGCAGAACUUCAAAAAGGAUGAUAAAGAGUAUGCGCCCAAUGGCCUCUACGUCUGGCAGCCUCUUACAGGCAAAGUCGAGCUGCUUGACGAUCGCUACUGCAAGCCCAACGGGGUGACUUUCGUGCCUGACAAGACGCAGCCUGGCAAGGGGACGCUCAUCACUACCGAGACGUCGCAGUUCCGCUUCCAGAGAGACGCCAGCGCUGCGAUGGGCAGCCGCUUUUACGAGGACCGUGAGAAAGGGGGAGCUUGUUUAUUUGCCUAUCCAAUUGAGCCCAGCAGCGAGGGCCGGGGAGGACUUCCACAAGUGGGGGAGCGACGCCUCUUUGCCAAGUCUCGGUCCGGCAUCCCCGACGGCGUGCACCCGGACGACCUUGGCAAUGUCUGGGCGGGUCACGGCGACGGUGUACACGUUUAUGGGUCCGACGGUCGCCUGAUUGGAAAGGUGCUCCUGGAAAAAGGCGUAGCAAAUCUCUGUUGGGCCGGACCGGGCCCUGAAAAGGGCACAUUCCGACUCCUGCUCUUUGCUGAAGAGGAGCUGUACGAGGCCACUGUUGCCGUCAAUGGCCGCGAUUGAGUAAUAAGAUGAUACUUCCUC